AUGGCAUGGCUUCGAAGGUUCUCGCCGUUGCUCCUUCUACUGUUGUCACUUACCCUUUCGCCGGCCUUUGCAAGACCCAAUCAUCCGGACAGCGGGAGCGGUGAUAGGCAAUACGACUACAUGUUGGGUGGCGAGAAGGGCAAAGAUAGGGAUGGAGGCAGAGACCAACCCGCCUAUGCUGCAAGCGAAACAUACUCUGCCAGCCCAGAUCAUUCUGUGGAUGGGUAUGGUGCAGGCGGACAGUACGACCAAAGUUCUGAUGGGGGAGACGGGUACGGUGGAAGCGGGUAUGAUGGUAGCGCGUCCACUAGUGUCGAUGGAUAUGGCGGAGAUGGGUACGGUGAGACUGGGUAUGGUGAUAGUGGAAAUGGCGGAGAUGCAACGACCUACACUUCAACGGCCCAAACUACAAUCACUGAGACCUCAAAAGAGCAAGUCACAGAGACCGAGACCCAAAGGGAUCAGGUCGAGGUUACAUACACCGAAACCGCUAAAGCUCAAGUCACACGAACGGAGACGGACAAAGCUCAAACCACUCAAACCGAGACCAAAAAGGCCCAGGUCACGCUGACCGAGACCAAGAAGAAUCAAGUCAACGUCACUGAGACUUCAAAGGCUCGGCUCACAUUAACGGAGACCCGAAACGCUCAGAUAACACUGACCGAGACCAAGACGGCUCAAGUCACGCGGAAUGAAACUGAAACAAAUCGAGUCACCGUGACUGAGACGAGGAAGGCUCAGAUUACCGAGACGGAGACCAGACAGGUCCAAGUCACCGAGACUGAGACUGCGACGGCAGAGCUCACCAUGACGGAGACUAGGAACGAGCAAGUCACCGAGACUCAGACUGAGACGCAAACGACUACCGAGGUGUCAACCAUUACUGAUGACGGCUGCGGUGCACCCAACGAAGGCGAUGCCGGUGCCGGUGAGGGUGCGUAUGGAGGAUGCCGUACAAGCUCUGCAUGGUCAGCACCUUCAUCUGACAGGGGAGGAGCCGGUGCGUACGGGCAAGAUGGCAGCAGCGCUUUGGGGCCGGCUACCUCAUCCGGUGCGGGAGGUGCUGGUGAGUACGGGCAAGGUGAAGGUGGGGCUGGGGCUGGAGCAAAGAUUUCAUCAUCUACAGGGAUGGGAGUUCCAGCAGCAAGCUCUGUAGGCGUUGAUGGUAAGGGUGCUGGUGGGGCUGGUGCAGGUGGCAUGAGCUCGAUGGGCGCCAUGGACACUGGCUCUGCCCGCCCGCUUGAUGCCAGCUCUGCCGCUCUUGGUGGCGCUGGAGCUAGCACUACAGUCCCAGCAGGUGCUGGUCAAAGCUCUGCCGCCCCCGGUGGUGGUAACGGUGGUGCGGAACUCGGCAACAACGCUGGCAACGGCGGAAACAAUAAUGCCGGUGGUGCUGGCGGCGAUGGCGACAACGGCGGCGAUGAAAACAACGCUGGAGGGGCUGGCGGCGACAACGGCAACAAUAAUAACGCUGGAGAGUCUGGCGGCGACAACGGCGGCAAUAACAACGCUGGAGAAGCUGGCGGCAUUGGUGGCAACAACAACGCUGAAGAGGCUGGCGGCAACAACGACGGCAAUAACAAUGCUGGAGGAGCUGGCGGCAAUGGUGCUGGUAACGGCGCAGGCAAUGGUGCCGGUGCUGUUGCAAACUCCACCAUUGGCGCAGGAGGCAACAACAAUCUCGCAGGCAAUUUCUCCUCCGGCGCAGGCGGUAACAAUUUCGCAAACAAUUCCACAGCCUCAAACUCAACGCAAGGAGGCAGCGGCGGCCCCAAACCUUGCAACUGCCGCUGCAUGUGUCCCAAUCCCUUCGGCGCCGCGCGCACCGGUGGUGCAGGUUCCAUAAACAACAACACCGCCCUUGCCACCGCCCUGUCUCCCUCCUCCACCUUCGCCACCCAAAUCCUGCCAAGCAGCAUCGCCCUUGGCACUGGGGUCGGUAGUCUCCUACUUGGCGGCACCGCCGCACCAGUCAUUCCGGAAGUGACUGCGUCUGCUCUGGUGGCGGCAGCGGGCGAUGCCGCAGAUGAUGUGGUUGGAGCUGCUGCGACGGCGUUGACGGGAGUAGCAAAUGCGAUCGACAUGGCCGAUAUUAAGUUGGAGACGGCAGCGACCCUAAAGAUUGAGGGGAGGGAUGCCAGACCGACGGAUGUAUGA